AUGGGCGACAUGGAGUCCUACAAGGUGAUGCUGAAUGGACCGGCGCCCUGGGGCUUCAGGCUGCAGGGAGGGAAGGAUUUCAGCAUGCCGCUCUCCAUCUCCAGGCUGACGCCGGGCGGGAAGGCGGCCCAGGCUGGCGUAGGAGUGGGCGACUGGGUGCUGUACAUCGACGGGGAGAGCACCAGCUCCAUGACGCACAUCGAGGCCCAGAACAGGAUCCGUGCCUGCGGGGACAGGCUCUGCCUCACCCUGAGCAGAGCCCAGAACCACCUGGGGAAGCCACAGAAGGUGCUGAGCCUUGACAAGUCACUGCUGGAGGCCCCCAGCACCCCUGUGUGCGACCCUGGGAAGUUGCGGCUGAUAGAGGACGCUGAGGACUGGCAGCCCCGCACCGGGACCUCCCAGUCCCGCUCCUUCCGCAAACUGGCCCGGCUGAUGGGCACAGAUGGCAUGGAGGAUCGUGAGGAUGAGCUUGUUAAAAAGCCCAGCCAGGUCUCCGUGCUGGACCCGUCCCCGGGAGCAGCGAUGAAGUCGGAGCCAGGACUGGCCCCCAGGACCCCCGCCGCCACCCCUGGCCCUGCCAGCCGCCCGCCCUGGGCCGUGGACCCCUUGUUCGCUGAGCGCUAUGCCCCGGACAAGACAAGCACGGUGGUGAGCAAGCACAGCCAGCCAGCCACGCCGACCCCCAUGCAGAACCGCAGCUCCAUUGUGCAGGCGGCGCAGCAGGCCCCUGAAGGGCCCGGCCGCACACCCCUCUGCUACAAGUGCAACAAGGUCAUCAGGGGACGCUACCUGGUGGCGCUGGGACAUUAUUACCACCCCGAGGAGUUCACCUGCUGCCAGUGCAGGAAGGUGCUGGAUGAGGGCGGCUUCUUUGAGGAGAAAGGCUCCAUCUUCUGCCCCAAGUGCUAUGACACGCGCUACGCGCCCAGCUGUGCCAAGUGCAAGAAGAAGAUCACCGGGGAGGUCAUGCAUGCGCUGAAGAUGACCUGGCAUGUGCAGUGCUUCACCUGUGCUGCCUGCAAAACUCCGAUCCGCAACCGUGCCUUCUACAUGGAGGAGGGACAACCCUACUGUGAGAGAGACUACGAGAAGAUGUUUGGCACCAAGUGCCGCGGCUGUGACUUCAAGAUUGACGCUGGGGACCGGUUCCUGGAGGCGCUGGGGUUCAGCUGGCACGACACUUGCUUCGUUUGUGCGAUCUGCCAGACCAACCUGGAAGGGAAGACGUUCUACUCCAAGAAGGACAAGCCGCUCUGCAAGAGCCACGCUUUCUCCCACGUGUGAGGGGCGGGAGUUCAGCUGUGCCCACGCGUGCCCCUGGCCCUGCAUGCUCCUCUCCCCCUUCCCCCACUGCCCCCACAGAGCCAGACUGGGCCCUCACCCCUUCCCCUUGCUCCUGCCUCUUUCCUGGCAGGUCCUGGCCCAGCUCCAGCUGGAGGUGGUGCUGGGCCCGGAGCCCCUUAUAGCUGGGUGGCUUCUUCUGUGUCCCCCGGGGGGCCCUAGGAGCCCCAGGAAGGGGAUGCUGCAUGGGUCUCCUGCCCCCCAGCCACACAGUGUGGUGGCCACGGCCGUGCCGAGGCUGUGCUGAGGCUGGAGUCGGGGAGCAUCUGGCACAGCAGGGCUGCACCCUCGGCUGAGGCCCGGCUGCCUGGCAGCUCAGCACCAGGGCAGGGAUGCUCCUAGCACAUCCCUGAGUGGGUGAGGACCAACCCCCCAGCUCCCUGCCAAGCUCUCCCCCACCUUCCCCGCUGCAUGCUUAGUGCACGGGGCUGGAGACCCGGCCCUGCUCCCCUGCUGGGGCCCUGCCCGCAGCAACCCCCCGGCCACCCUGCAAACUGCUGCGGUGGCUUCCUACCCCGGCUGCGUGCCAGGGGGGUCUGUGCCUCAUGUCCCCCCACCCAGCUGGCCUGCUGCUCUCCUGGGGCUGGUGUGCGGCAGCACCCCCAGCCCGGCCGUGCCGGGAAGCAGGGCAGCGUGCCAAGCCCAUCCCAGCCACGGGCCGGCAGUGUGUGCUGAUGGCCGGCCGGCCGGCGGGCUCCCGCAAGGCUUGGGAACGGCUUCCUACCAAAGAGCGCCUGCCACCACUGUCCCAGGCCCGUAAAUGCCUCUCCCAAACCCACACUCUCCGGUCGGACUGCCGCUGAUAUAGCCACGGUGCUUUUAGUGCCUUUAAUAAACACUUCU